CGACUGCAAUAACCAAGGCGCACAGUGCCUCCGCUCAAGAACUCGACAGCAAUUCUCACAACGAGAUUGGGUGUCUGGUGUCAUGGUGAUUCUUCUCCACCUCUUCAAUCUCUUCGACCCCACCCUUUGUUUCAAGGAGCGGCACUUGCUUUUCCAGGACGCAGCUGUACUAGUAUUGAUUUCGUAGCAUUUCAGCCGCCACCAUGGAGACAUCCCAUCACGAAGUAGCGUUGGGGGCGAACGCUGACGCCGAAGUGCGGCGAUUGCAGGCUCAUUUGGACGCCACAUUCAUUUCGAUUGAAUCUUACCUGGCGUGGAUGCCCGACGAGGAGAUUAUUCAGAUCUUUCAAGCUGUGGGACAAUUGCCUCACUUGACGACGUUCCGAAUCAGUUUUUCCUUUCAACGAUUUCGGCAACUUCCCGUGUUGCCUCUUCCCAGCCAAGCACUGUUGGCGACCCUCCAAGCGGCACAAGGAUUAGAAACACUCACGCUCGACGAAGUUCGCUUUGUCUUUCAGAACAAUGAGGAUUUGGAGGCUCUCGCACAGACGCUCCAACAAGCACCCAAUCUCAAGAAUGUGACACUCUUCAACUGCUUCCCAGUAGAACCACCGCCCUUGUUGCCACCACCAAAUCUUCGUGGCAUGAUGCCGGUUGAAGAAGCACCAAGCACGCUCCCUCCCGAUCCACUGGCAGCGGCACUCUCUCGUAUUCCCAACCUGCAGGAACUCAACCUCAUUUUUACAUUGGAAGGACCCGCAUGGAUCUCUGCUCUCCUCCGACAGUCCUGCAACUCGCCCAGUCUCAAAAUUUUGAGAAUCAACGUCCCCGACGGAUCUUUCCUCGGUGGCGGAGACCCGAUACGGAACAUGUGUCAGUCUCUGCAAAAUUCACAGUCCACCUUGAAGGAAUUGAGUAUUCGUUGUCCACUCGACGACGAUGGUGGUAGAGCGCUGGCACGGGCUCUGUCGUCCCCGCACAAUACAUCGCUGCAAGAACUCUACAUUCAAAUGAAGAGCUACCAACAUGCCAUCCCCAUUGCGCAAGCACUGAUCACCAACAAACGUCUCAAAUCGUUCGAACUGCGAGUAUGGACGGGAGGGGAUCGAGGUCCCUUGCUGGAAGCCUACGAAGCCAUGGUGCCACACAAUGCUGUCAUUGAACAAUUAAUCAUUGACAACGGACGACUAGGGUUGACGCCGCUCAUUGACUUCUUUUUGGAACUCAACAGGGCAGGACGCCGUGGUUUGCUGGAAAAUGGUGACAAGCUAGAGAAGAGUUCUUGGAUUGACUUUUUGAUUCGAUUCCAUCCCAAUGCGAGUGUCUUGUUUUAUACCUUGUCGUUGAAUCCGUCUCUUUGUUAUACUUCUUCCUGUGACGAGAAUGACAACGAUGUCGAACCCAUGAUGACGGACGACGAACAAGAUGACAUGUGUGAGGAACCAAGCCAGAAGAGGCCAAGGCUGCAGGAUCAACAACAACUACAGCAUGACGCCGCCUCUUCUGACAGCAGCAGCGAUGCUAUGCGCACAUAGUUAAAAUGCUAUACAUCUAACAAGCUGUCAUUAUGCAGUAACAACGUAGCCUCGCAGUGCCCCAGUGAUUAAAAGUCGUGUUGUUUGACUGGGUGGCAUCAGCAGGGCGGAGAAGGAGAUAGCAACAAUACAGUAUAAAAAACACACGCUUUUAAAAGGGGGUCAGUGAGGUCACCAGAAGGACAUCCACUUUCCAAGCUAAUCCUGCAAGGUUUGUGUUUACAGAAUGCACACCUCAACUUGACUGCGAAAGCAAGUCAUUUCAUCCCAUGGGCAUCCCAUUCUCGCGAACAUACUUCAGCAAUUCCAGGAGGUGACCAGCAAGAGCUCCACCAUUACAAAAAUUGCAUCCCAUGGCUCUGCCAUGGUCGUGAGUCCAAAUCAAAACUACCUAAUGGCCACAACAGGCGACAGCACAGCAUGUAACCUUGUCUCAUGGACAGUUUUUUUUCAUGGAGCCCAUUUGAGGACAUCCAGCUGACAUAUCUCACAGCCCCGGUACAAAUUGUUCAUCCCACGGACAGCCAUUGUUAUUAGCCCAGCUCAACAUGUUGAGGUGCCCACCUUCAGCAGCUCCAGCACAAGUGCUUUCAUCCCAUGGACACCCCAGCUGCUAAACCCAUUUCAAUUCUUCCAGAUGGCCACUUCUGGCUGCUGCACUGCAUGUAAAAUCAUCCCAAGGCCCCACCAAUGCAUUAAGCCUACUAGUACUCGAGUACUUCCAACAGAAGAGCAUGUUCCUUCAUCCUAGGGACAGCCAUUUUCAUGGAUAUACUUCAGGAUUUCCAAAUGCCCACCCCUUGCAGCACAUGCUCUGGUCCAAUCAUUCCAUGGACCGCCGCCAUGUUCAGCAGCCAUGAGCAAACUUCAAGACUCUCAAAUAACCACAUGCUGCUGCUGCAGUGCAGGUUGAGCCAUCCCAUGGACCAUCAAUUAAUUUUCAUGGGUAUACUUUGGAAUUUCCAAGUGACCACCUUCAAGUUAUGAGUUUCCUCCUCUCCACAGAACAAAAGCUCAUCGUGUCGUUUGCCCGCUCUGGACGUACAGCGUGGAGAGCAUAGCGUGGACAAUUUUUUGGCGGAAAGGGGGUCACGUGCAACCACAAGUAAUGGCGGGGAAGCCUUCAGUAGCAAGUGGUGGUAAGCCGGUACCCCAACACAGAGAACCAUGCUUCGGUCGACUCUAGCUAGCGCUAGUCCAGCGGUCUCUGUUCUUCGGCUCAUAAUAUGUUCGAUUCACACUUGCAGCUCAGCUGCUGAUUGUGAUUAGGAGCCAUACAUGUAGGUUAGGGGUGCAGUAGGGUGAAGCCUGUCACAAAACGCAGCACAACCGUGGACACUCAUGUAGUAUCUGUUCUUUGCUGUUGGUCGAUCAACCAGGCGAGAUGCUCUGGAUCGCUGGCUAGCUACCAGUAGCUUUGAGCUCUUGUUGGGUUCCGUUCAGGGAAUAGCGAGGGUGCAUCGUUUUGCUUCUUCAGAGAAUGUGAAGGACGUCCCAUUGGCAAGCCCCUCCGUCGGCAGUCGGCAAAACCAACCCCCGGAGUUCUUUUCGCCGCAACAACGGAUUGAGCUCCGUGGAAACCUUGCCAUGUUGAGAACACCGCUGGGCUGGGGUGCGAUUGCAAUGACUUGUAAAUAACUCUCAGAUUCACUGUAACCUCAAGACGUCACUAAUCGUAAAGUAACUUCAAUGGUCAACUCAGUGUUUUAUUAAGUCUUUUCUCCAGAAGCAAUCAUUUUCUUUA